CACUUCACAGAGUUCCUGGAUGAGUUUUCGCCUGAUGUCCUAGGACAGCUCUUGAAUGAUCCCUUCUUGUCUGAGAAGAAUGAAAUAAUGGAGGUGGAACUGUCACCGGCAUCACCAGCACCCCUCAUCCAGGCAGAACACAGCUACUCCCUCUGUGGGGACUCUCGACCCCAGUCUCCCUUGACCCACAUCUCAACCGAUGACAACUUUAAUGAAGGUGACCUGGAAAAUGAGGAAUGGUGUCUGGGUACAGAGCUGACUCCAGCAGCAAUAAAGACUGAGCCAGUGUUGUGCGAGACAUCUUGCCUUGCUCCCUCAGUCAGUCUCACUGUCACGUCCACGUCGCUGGAGGGGGAACAACCUGACCUACAGACGGAUGCCCUGAUGAAACCACUGAGCCAGAAAGUUCUUCCAGAGAUUAAAUUGGAGCCCCAUGAAGUGGAUCAGUUCCUGAACCUCUCUUCUAAGGAAGUGGAUCCCCUGCAUUUGCCUCCAACCCCUCCCAGCAGCCAUGGCAGUGACUCUGAAGGAGGUCAGAGCCCAGCUAGAUCACUCCCUCCUUCAAGCCCAAUCCAGCUACAAGCCACGGCUAAAGUGACAUCGCGCACAGCUUCAGCACUCUCCAAUUCGCCUCUCCUGACUGCACCACAUAAAUUACAGGGGACCGGCCCACUCAUCCUGACAGAGGAGGAGAAGAGGACACUGAUAGCAGAGGGGUACCCAAUCCCUACCAAAUUGCCCCUGACAAAAGCAGAGGAGAAAGUGCUGAAGAAAAUCCGCAGGAAAAUAAAGAACAAGAUCUCUGCCCAGGAAAGUAGAAGAAAAAAGAAAGAAUACAUGGACAGUCUGGAAAAAAAAGUUGAGACUUGUUCAAAUGAAAAUAGUGAGCUGCGUAAGAAGGUUGAAGUCCUGGAGAAUACUAACAGAACACUUCUGCAGCAGUUGCAGAGACUCCAAGCCAUGGUUGCUGGGAAAGUGUCCCGUUCGUGUAAGGCAGCUAGCACACAGACAGGGACCUGUCUUAUGAUGGUGGUGCUGUGCUUUGCAGUAGUUUUUGGCAGCUUCUCUCAGAGCUAUGGGCCAUAUCCUUCUGCUACAAAGAUGGUGUUGCCCAGGCAGCAUUCCUCGCCAGAGUCCUACACAGACUCCAUUGUGAGGUCAAGGAGUCUGCUAAUUUAUGAAGAGCCUCACCAACUGGAGGAGUCGUCAGGCCCGAUAUCCUUUGCAGAUCGCAAUGAUAGGCAAGCAGACAACUCCAAGUACACAGCGCUGUCCCUGGAAGCCAUGCCAGGGACACAGCAGGAUGACAUCAUGCAGUUCACAAUAGCCAACGAGACAAGGCUAGAGAAGUCAGUGCUGCUGGGCCUGCAGCAGCACAGAGUGAACUCCGAACUAGAAGGAAAUGAAACACUGAAGAUAAUUGAAAUAGAUAGAAGAGUCAAUGCCACCUCUUAAAAAUAAAAAAAGCCUUUUUUCUUGACUUCCCUCUUUCCUACAUAUUUUCAGCCAAAGUACCCUGACUUGUCAUCCUCAGUGAACCAAAGCACAAAAGAGAGGGAGUUCAACUUCUGCAUUGACUGGUGAGGAUGUGACUGCAGAUGGGAUCUCUUGCCUUUGUAACUCCCUUCCUCACUUCACACACAGUCCCUGUCUUUGCUUUUAUUCCUUUCCUGUCUGAUUACUGCAAGGGCAGGAUUGAAUUAUGAUGGCAGAUGAUGCCAGCAGUGUGCCGGUGACUGGUGGGUGUGUGUGCAUGCAGGCACACAUCCUAAUCUGAGCACAAAGACAUUCUGUAGAAGAGUGGAAUAUGCAAAACUGAUGGGAGCAUGUGGG